AUGAAACAAAGAAGAUUCAAAUUUCACCAAAAAGAACAACAUGAAAAUGAAGAAUAUCUCUAUGUUGAAUUAGAUACAAAAUGCAGUUGUUUACAAUCAAAAUUUCUUUGUGAUUCAUCAAUUCAAUUUUCUCGUCGUUAUCUUCAAUGUCAAAGUUCAAUGCCUAUUGUAAUUCUUCGAUCAUAUAUUCAACAAAUUCUACCACAUUCUUCUAUGACACAAAUUUCAUUUUACGAUUCGAAUAAUUGUUUACUAAAAGAUUCGGACAUUCUAAGUUCAUUAAAAAGAACGAUGACAUCAACUACACAUAUUCCCAUUCGUUUUACAUUAUUAAAUCGAGUAACAUCACUUGGCCAUUGUUUAUGUACAUCAUCAAUAGAAGACAUUAAUAGUUCAGUAUCAUGUCAACCAAUUGUCAUUAAACGUGAAACAAUCGAUAAAACUCUUUCAACAUGUUCAUUGAUUUCAACAGAAUGUUUUUCACCUUGUCUAUCGUCAUCGUCUCCAAAUGAAUCUUCGAAUUCGAUAUCAAUAGUUAAUCUUUUAACUCCACCAUCGUCUCAUUCAUCAUUUUUAAUUGAAAAUAUUGUUCAUGCAAAGAAUAUUGAUAAUCAAUCAAUAAUUGAUGAAAUAACAUCACAAUUCGGUGAAAUUUGUCCUCCGUUACCGAAAAAGAAACGAAAUCGUUUGUCGAAAAAACUUAUUUCAUCUUAUUCAUCAAGUCUUCCACUUGAUCUAAGCGUUAAAAAACGUCCAUCAUCAUUCGACUUUUUUUCUUCACAAGCUAAAUGGGUUAAAACUUAA